AUGACUUCCCAAUCCGAAAUAAAGCGUAUAUUUUUUGGCGUCAUGCAGCAAUACGAAAAGGCGAUUACUACUGGAGAUGCUUUCUUCUAUCCGUCAGAGGUCCAUGUUCUGCACGAGAGUAGCACUGGCUUGCAAGUGCCGUGGAUCCUACGCAAUGUCCCUUCUCUCCUCGAGAAGCCGACGCCGAAUGCGAAACGGGACGAGACGGGCUUACAACAGAACAAAUCAGAUCCAUUUCUGCCGCCUUACGUGCCAAACUUGCUCGUGAAGGAAUGCGAUGAAGGCGUUAUCCUCCUCAACAAGUUCUGUGUCGUCCCCAAGCAUUUUCUCCUCAUCACAAAAGAUUUCGUUCCGCAAGACCUCCCUCCUCCACCCCCACUGCUCAGCUUAGCCUAUCGAAUCGUAACAGCACAUCCCAUGUCUGACGACAGUGAAAUGCUUGCUUUUUUCAACUGUGGCUGGGACAGCGGGGCAAGCCAAAAGCAUUGUCAUUUACAGUGCAUCGAAGUACGUAAGGAUGAUAUGCAACAAAAUGCGAAUGCAACGGGUACGGACGAACACGACGAGGAUGGUCUCAUCCCCAUUGAGAAGUUGUUGAACAAAAUCGAGAAAGACGGGAAAGAGCACGAUGGUGUGUAUGCCCUCCCAGUACCCUGGCAGCACUUUGUCGCGCUGCUUGACGCAGGCCAGGCGAAAAAAGCCGGUACAACGGAGCAAUAUGUCACGAAUAAGCUUAUGGGCCUUUUAGAUGCAAUGAUUCAAGCCAAAUAUGCCCUUUCAUCGGCGGCGAUAGAAUCGUCCGGCAAAGAUCAGACCGAAAGGCAGGAUGGCGGGUUGAUGGGCUCGGGGCGCACGCCGAGCUUCAACUUGCUCGUCACGAGACGUGCGAUGCACUUCAUUCCGAGGCGAACAGAGGAGUACAAGCUCGAAGGCGAAUGGCCAGUGGUGAACGGAAAACAGCUCGGGGUCAUGAGCAUCAAUGCAAUGGGUUUUGCUGGCAUGCUGUUGGCAAAGCAUGCGUCCGAGGUGGAGGCCAUUCAGCGCAUGCCGAGGGGAGUGGCCGCGAUACUGUCCCAUGUAGGGCUGCCACCGGCGCCGGAAAUGAGCAAUCACAUUUGA